GUGAGUUUCCUGACGUGAAACUGAAUCUUCUGGUUGUCACUAUCAUUUCCUCUGGUGCUCCUGUGAGACAAACAGCGGCUGCUUCCAUCAGGUGGACACUCUACAGACAACUUCCUUGGAGGCGAGUCCCAAUGACAUGGCCUCCCCAGUGCCUGGCUCCACGAGUGGAGGCAGAGACGGGAUUUACCACAAGGAGCAUGGUCCCUCCCCGCCUCGCCUCUGGCCCAUUCACUCUCUGCCUGAUGUCUGCCCGAAAGAGCCAACCAGUGAGGGGCGGGGCCUGUGCAAUGGUCCAUCUGUGGUGUCAGAACAUGACCGGUGGACCGUGUACAGUUCGAAGGUCAACCUCCCUGCUGCACUGAAUGACCCACGACUUGCCAAACGAGAGUCUGACUUUUUCACCAAAACAUGGGGGCUGGACUUCACAGAGACAGAGGUAAUGCCCUCCUUCUACCUCCCCAACAUCACCAGGGACCACUUCGGGCCAUACCUGCAGGAGAUGAGCCAGAGGGAACGGAUCCAUGAACGCUGCAAGACAAUCUGUCCUAACAAAGAUGAUAUGGACGCCGUUUCCAGUAUCACCACCAACUACG